AUGUCGAGAUAUUACAUUGACCUUAGGAAUGAAGUACCUGAUACUUUGAUCACUUUUGCGGUAUUUCAGGAAUUGCCGGAUGCUAAACAGACGGUCUGGCUUAAAGCCGAUGUACCAGAGAAAGGCAGCGCUUCUCUUACUUUUGAAAAAGUGUAUGAUGUAGUAGUUAUCAAUUAUAGUGACCCAGUUACUUCUGGUGUAUAUGCGUCACAACAAAAACGUCGGACGAAACCAGGAGCUAUAUGGGAGCUAAAAAUUAAAAAUAAUAUUAAACAAUUGGUUUCAACUUCGCAAGAAGCACCAGACGGAGAGAUUCAUAUAAUUAAUAAAACUGGUACACAAACAACUGUUGGACUCGCAAUAUCUGGAAGCGUUAUCCAACGUAGAUUCGAUGUUCUUCCUGACGAAGUAGCGAAAUUUGAUUUAACGUUAAAACCACAACUUGGGGUUUUGGCGAACCUUCCUUCCGGUCAAAUUAUCACUUACGAUAUCGUAGAAAAAAGCCACGAACUAGCAUUUACAGAUAACCUUAAUCUUGCAAUCGUAACUGUCACAGAAGUUGAACAGGAAGUUAAAACUCCAGAAGGUGAAACCUCUACAGAAGGUGAAACUCCUGCUCCGAGUGUAAUAAAAACUUUUGAUGUUGACGUUAAAUAUGCUUCUCGUCCUAUAACACCAUUAAUGGACCGCAAUAGCAGUAGGCUAUAA